CUUAGGUAUCAAUCCUUGACAUUGAAAUAAUUAUUCGAAGUUCUCAUCUGACAGAGAUAGCAAUACAAAUUUUCGAAGAAACAUAGCAGUAACCACUGUAACAAAGAUGCUUUCAUACUGUUCGAGAGAAUUUAAUCGGAGGUGUUUACAUUAAGAUGGCGUAGGAUUAGAGCGAUAUGUCAAAAUAUCAAUGAUUCUAUUUAAUUCGCAGUGUGUGUAAUGUUUUGAAAAGAAAGGGAUUGACUGCUGCCGGACGAUGGAGUUGAUCAAGACACCUAAGGUUGAGAAUGUCCGGAUGCUGGAUAGGUACAACACCCGAAAUCCAUCAGUGGGAACACUCUACCUUACAGCUACCCAUCUUAUAUUCGUCGAUCCCGAUGGCAAGAAGGAGACUUGGAUCCUUCACAACCAUAUAGCAACGGUGGAGAAACUGCCACUUACAACAACUGGGUCACCAUUGCAGAUAAGAUGUAAAACUUUCCUGUCAGUAACAUUUGUUGUGCCCAAGGAAAGAGACUGUCAUGAAAUUUACUGCACAUUACAGAAACUCUCAUUGCCUGUUCACAUUGAAGACCUGUACUGCUUUCACUAUACGUCCAGUACAGAAGACAUUCCAAAACAAGCAGGAUGGAACUUUUUUGACUUACAGUCAGAGUAUCAACGCAUGAGGGUGCCUAAUGACCAGUGGAGUCUAACGUUGCUCAACAAAGACUAUGAGGUGUGUGAUACCUAUCCACGAUCUCUGUAUGUGCCAGCAUCAGCGUCUACUUCAAUGCUAAUUGGCAGCUCCAAGUUCAGGAGCAAAGGUCGGCUCCCAGUGCUCACAUAUCUUCACCAUAACAAGGCUGCCAUUUGUCGAUGCAGUCAACCGCUUUCAGGCUUCAGUGCACGCUGUCUCGAGGAUGAACAAUUGCUCAACUCCAUUCUGAGAACAAAUCCCAACUCAUCUUACAUGUGUGUUGUGGACACGAGGCCCAGGAUUAAUGCUAUGGCUAACCGAGCUGCAGGAAAAGGGUAUGAAAAUGAAAACAACUAUGAGAAUAUCAAAUUCCAUUUCUUUGGAAUUGACAAUAUACAUGUUAUGAGGAGUAGUCUGGUGAAACUAAUUGAAACUUGUGAGUUGAAAGCUCCUUCAAUGGGCAGCUUUUUGGGUGGUAUAGAGUCCUCAGGUUGGCUGAGACAUGUGAAGGCAGUUCUAGAAACAUCUCUGUUUAUUGCGGAAGCUGUGGAAUCUGGAGUGAGUGUGGUGGUACAUUGUUCAGAUGGAUGGGACAGGACAGCCCAGGUGUGCUCACUUGCUGGAAUCUUCCUUGAUCCAUAUUACCGCACCAUCCAAGGUUUUCAGGCACUGAUUGAAAAAGACUGGCUAGCAUUUGGUCAUAAGUUCACUGAGAGGUGUGCACAUAUUGCAGGAGAAGUGAAAGAGGUGUCACCCGUUUUCACGCAGUUGAUUGACUGUGUGUGGCAGCUCACUCAGCAGUUUCCGACUACAUUUCAAUUCAAUGAAAGGUUUCUGCUAACAUUACAUGAUCAUGUCCACUCAUGUCAGUUUGGAACAUUUAUUGGGAAUUGUGAAAAGGACAGGUUGGAUCUGAGGCUGAAUGAGAGAACAUAUUCUCUUUGGGGCUAUAUGGCAAAUCAUAUGAACGAGUACAUUAAUCCACUCUACUGUUCAGAAGGGACGUCUGAUAUGCUUUCUCCAAAUUUGGCACCACAAAAUAUACGGUUUUGGAGAGGAAUGUACUGUCGCUUUGAAAGUGGUGUCCACCCACGUGAACCAUUGGGUGAUUUGUUAUUGGCCACUUGUGAUCAUAGUGCUUCUCUUGAGGAUCACAUAAAACAGCUUAACAAGAGGAUCAACUCAUUGAAAGACCAGUUAGCAGAAAUGAAAGUAAGAAAUGUGAGAACUGUACCUGAUGGGAGUGAUGUUCUUGACAACAAAUACCUCUAUGAAAAUUGUGGAGGAUUGGAACCUACUAAGGAGAGUACAGAGAAACUUGCUAUUAACAAUGUUCCCAAUACUGCUAAAAGUAAAGAAGUUCUCACAGUUGAUCAGUUAGCAGAAGAAUUAAAUUCAGUUGCUCUGGACUGGAAGACACUGCGGAAUAUAAGGGAAUGUGUGUGUUCAACUCCAUUUGAUCAUUUUAGCAGAAAGUACCAUUGUUGGAGAUGUGGCGAUGUUUACUGCACACGCUGCAUUGAUAAACACACGUCACUUCCUGGACAUAUGUCACAACGUGCUGUACCUGUUUGCAAGCCUUGUUACCGUCUGCUGCGUCGUUCCUCAUCUGUAGAGUCACCAUGAUGCGGCGACCCUGUUACAAGGGCAUCAUGUGACCACAGUUCACCUGACGAUGCUGCUCAUGCUCCAUGCCUGGGAUUGCCAGUCCCUGCUUCCUUGCUGGCAGCAAUUCUCAGUGCUCAGCACUCGGCCAGCCUCUUCUAGUGUGUGAACUGCAAAUCGGAUUUGCUCAUCAUCGUUUCGUGGAUAGUGAUAUGACUCUGCUAUUCUUUGAAUGAACAAAGAUUAGCUCAGGCAGACCUGAUACUUGUGCCUGUGUUAACAGUGUAAUGAAGAUUGAGACUACAAUUAUAUGAUACCCAGUAUGACAUUAAUGUUGCAGAUUGUGAUCAGGUCUGUUCAGUUUGUGUUGCAACUAUAAAGGUAAAGUUAUGAUGAUUUAUAAAUGGAUACAAAAGACUUGUGCAGGUUUGUUAAUGAGAGAACCUUAACUGUUCCAAAGUCCUGAGUUUACAUAAUUUAUUGCUGUCUGCAUAUUCUUUUUAUAGAUGCAUUGAUCAGACAUUACGCUUUGUUUAUGUUAAUCACACCAUGUUGCCUUGCAAAUAAAGUGUAAUAAUUGAUUAUUGCUUUUAGAUUACAGAUGUACAGAUUAAAAAAGAGGAAAAUAUGGUAGGAAAACCGAUUAAUCAUGUGGAAUAUAUCAAAAUGAAUUAUUUGUAUAGUGUAUAAUAUUACCUUUAGGAAGGAAAACCAUCAGCCUCUCCAGUGUUUGUUUGAUGAGCGGAACUAUGAAAUGCUUCUAGUGUCAGUGACUGAUAUUCCAAUGAAUGGAUUGCUAUUCUAGCCAUCCUGUGAUGCACUGUUUCUUUUUUUGACUGACUGUUUUUUCCAGUCUUAAUAAGUGAAUUACUAGGGUUGUGUUUAAACAUUUCGUGCUAUUAUGAAGUGGAAUAUUGACAGCAAGAUUUUGUAAUAAUUUCUGAGUUUCUCAAACUCUGUUGGAGAAAAAGCAAUUCCGGUUUAUAACUUCAUAUUGCGUUUUAUUUUUUAUGAAUUUUUAAAACACUGGGUUAGAUUAAUCUGCCAUCAUGUCCUUUCUGUGAUAUUUAUUGCUGUUGCUUUUAAUUACGAGCUCUAAAGAUACAUGAUGAAUGAAUUUUACUUGCCAUUUUAUUCAAAAUUUGUAGAGGUUUACAUUGGACUUCAGAAUGAAAUGAGUGAAUCAGCCAUGUAUAAUGUUCACAAAUAUAUUUAUUGACCUUAGUUUUGUUAUCUGAGAAUAAUGUGAAAAUAAAUAUAGUUAGUGGAUCACUUUAAAAAAAAGUAGCAUAUACAUUUAAUUAUGUCCCUAUAGAAAUACAGCUAAUACAGUCUAUAGUAUGAUCUAUGUAUUAUGGAAAAGCAGAAAGUAACCUGUUAACCACCGUGUUGUUACCUGUAAUACUUAACAAAAAAAUGGGCUUUCAUCUCUUGCUAGUCAUAUCUAUGUUUAUGUAA